AUGAUUGUGAACAUGGAUUCUGUCACUGAAAUCUUCUUGAAGCUGCUCUUUCUCCUGUCUGUUCAUCGCCAGCACAUGGCAGUGGCAGGGAAUAAAUAUAAUUGUGAUGAUCAGCUGGUGUCUGCUUUGCCUCAGUCAUCUUUCAGUAGCUCGUCAGAGCUGUCUAGCAGUCACAGCCCUGGAUUUGCAAGGCUUAAUCGAAGAGAGGGUGCUGGUGGCUGGUCUCCACUUGUAUCCAAUAAAUAUCAAUGGCUUCAGAUUGAUCUUGGUGAAAGAACUGAGGUUACUGCUGUUGCUACUCAAGGUGGUUAUGGGAGCUCAGACUGGGUAACAAGCUACCUUCUGAUGUUCAGUGACAGUGGACAGAAUUGGAAGCAAUAUCGUCAAGAAGAAAGCAUUUGGGCCUUUUCUGGAAACACAAAUGCAGACAGUGUCGUGUACUAUAAGCUUCAGCAUUCUAUUAAAGCAAGAUUUCUCCGUUUUGUGCCUUUGGAUUGGAAUCCAAAUGGCAGGAUUGGAAUGCGUAUUGAAGUGUAUGGAUGCACAUAUAGGUCUGAGGUGGUUGGCUUUGAUGGGAAAAGUUGUCUAAUUUACACAUUAAAUAAAAAACUCAUUAAUGCACUGAAAGAUGUGAUUUCUCUGAAGUUUAAGACAAUGCAAAGUGAUGGAAUUCUCCUCCACAGAGAAGGACAAAAUGGAGACCACAUCACCCUGGAAUUAACUAAAGGGAAGCUGUCCCUACUCAUUAAUUUAGGUGAUACUAAAACUCAUCCUUCUAAUGCCCAAAUUAAUAUUACGCUGGGCAGCCUUUUGGAUGAUCAACACUGGCAUUCUGUUCUCAUUGAGCAUUUUAACAAUCAAGUAAACUUUACAGUGGAUAAACACACUCAUCAUUUUCAUGCAAAAGGAGAAUUCAGUUAUUUGGACCUUGAUUAUGAGCUCAGCUUUGGAGGGAUCCCAGUGCCUGGAAAAUCAGGGACAUUAUCACGCAGGAACUUUCAUGGGUGUUUUGAAAAUAUUUAUUAUAAUGGAGUGAACAUUAUUGACCUGGCCAGGAGGCAUAAAUCUCAGAUCUACAUUGUGGGCAAUAUGUCCUUCUCAUGUUUAGAGCCACAGGUGGUUCCUGUGACAUUUCUGAGCUCCAGCAGUUUCCUGGCACUGCAAGGCACAUCAGGGCAAGAUGAAGUAUUUGUCAGUUUUCAGUUUCGCACUUGGAACAAGGAAGGACUUCUAUUAUCCAGUAAACUGCACCAGUCUUCAGGUGGUUUCCUCUUAUAUCUGAGUGAUGGGAGAGUCAAAACCAAUCUUCAUAAAACAGGAAGAGUACUGAGUGACAUUGCUGCAGGUGCUGGAUUAAAUAACGGCCAGUGGCAUUCUGUAUCUCUCUCUAUCAAAAGGAAUCGUAUCAGUGUAAGAGUGGACAAUGAUGUGACCUCAUCUGCUCACGCCUUCAUACCUCUGCAGAUUUAUUCAGAUGUUUUCUACUUUGGAGGCUGUCCUAGAACUGGAAACAUUUCUGAUUGUAAUACCUCAUUUGGUGGUUUUCAAGGAUGCAUGCGACAUAUUUCCAUUGGUAACAAAGCAGUGGAUAUGAUCUCUAUUCAGCAAAACGGUUUUGGCAAUUUCAGUGAUCUUCAGAUAGAUUUAUGUGGCAUUACAGACAGGUGUUUGCCUAAUUACUGUGAACAUGGUGGUGAGUGCUCACAGUCCUGGAGCAGUUUCCACUGUAACUGUGCCAAUACUGGUUACAAGGGAGCUACUUGUCACUAUCCCAUCUAUGAGCAAUCAUGUGAAGCCUAUAAGCACAGAGGGAACACUUCAGGCUUUUACAAUAUUGAUUCAGAUGGAAGUGGCCCCUUGGGACCAUUUCUCGUAUACUGCAAUAUGACAGAUGCAACGUGGACAAUUAUGCAGCAUAACAGCACCAACCUAACCAGAGUUAAAAGUGCUAAUCGAGAGAACCCACACACUGUGUUUUUCAAGUAUUCUGCCAGCCUAGACCAGCUUCAGGCUACAAUAAACCUUGCAGAUCACUGUGAACAGGAGCUUGCUUACUACUGCAAAAAGUCAAGGCUUUUAGAUAAGUCAGAUGGGAUGCCACUAAGCUGGUGGAUUGGAAGAACCAAUGAAACUCAUACUUACUGGGGAGGUUCCUUGCCUGCUGUACAAAAAUGUGCUUGUGGACUGGAGGGAAGCUGCAUUGAUUCCCAGCAUUACUGCAACUGUGAUGCAGACAGGGAUGAAUGGACAAAUGAUACUGGCUUCCUCUCCUACAAGGACCAUCUACCGGUAACUGAAAUUGUGAUCACAGAUACUGACAGACCAAACUCGGAAGCUGCUUACAAACUGGGGCCUUUGCUUUGCCGUGGUGAUAGAACAUUUUGGAAUUCAGCUUCCUUCAAUACAGAGACAUCCUACCUGCAUUUCCCCACCUUCCACGGAGAAUUCAGUGCAGAUGUCUCAUUUUUCUUUAAAACUACCGCAUCCUCAGGAGUGUUUUUAGAGAACCUGGGAAUUCAAGACUUCAUAAGGAUAGAGUUACAGUCUCCAUCUGAAGUGGUUUUUUCCUUUGACGUGGGAAAUGGACCUAGUGAAGUCAUAGUGCAAUCACGCAAUUCCUUAAAUGACAACCAAUGGCAUUAUGUGAAGGCUGAACGAAAUGUCAAAGAGGCUUCCUUACAAAUAGAUCAAUUUCCUCAAAGAUCUCACAGUGCUCCACCUGACGGACAUAUUCGCUUGCAACUCAACAGCCAGCUUUUUGUAGGUGGAACGGCAUCCAGGCAGAAAGGAUUUUUGGGAUGCAUUCGUUCAUUACGAUUGAAUGGAAUGGCCCUUGAUCUGGAAGAGAGAGCAAAGAUAACGCCAGGAGUUGAACCAGGCUGCCCUGGACAUUGUAGCAGUUAUGGUAACCUGUGUCACAAUGGUGGAAAAUGUAGAGAGAAGUACAGUGGAUUCUCCUGUGACUGCACUUUCUCAGCCUAUGCUGGUCCAUUCUGUAAGAAAGAGAUCUCUGCCUAUUUUUGGACUGGCACUUCUGUGACAUACAACUUUCAAGAAUACUACACAUUAGCUAAAAAUUCCAGUUCUCAUGCUUCUUCUUUCUAUGCUGACAUGACACUGGCCAGGGAAGCUAUUACAUUUGCCUUCCGAACAACACGGACGCCAAGCUUGCUGCUCUAUGUCAGCUCCUUCUACAAGGAAUACCUCUCAGUCAUUCUCACCAGGAAUGGAAGUUUACAGAUUAGGUACAAGCUAGAUAGCCAUCAAGAUCCUGAUGUCUUCAGCAUCAGUUUCAAAAGCAUGGCUGAUGGACAACUACAACAUGUGAAGAUUAAUAGAGAGGAGGAAACACUUUUUGUAGAGGUUAACCAGAAUGAAAGAAUGAAGUUUAUUCUGUCUUCAGGCACAGAAUUCAAUGCAAUCAAGUCUCUCACACUUGGGAAGAUUAUAGAAAACAGUGAUGUGGAUGAGGAGACUGUGAAGGCAAACUCUCAGGGGUUUGUUGGCUGUCUAUCUUCAGUGCAGUUCAACCACGUCGCUCCUUUGAAGGCUGCACUACACCACAGCAGCUCAGCCCCUGUCAUUGUAAAAGGGCGUUUCACUGAAUCCAACUGUGGUACUUUAACUGGAGCUGACUCAACAUCAAGUGAAACAACCCAUUCAUUUGCAGAUCACUCUGGACCAAUAGAUGAGGGAAAGCCCUUAGCUAAUGCAAUCAGAAGUGACUCUGCAAUUAUUGGAGGUGUGAUAGCAGUUGUCAUAUUCAUCCUACUUUGCAUCACGGCCAUAGCCAUACGCAUUUAUAAAAAAAAAGGCAUAUACUCAAAAAAUGAGGCAAAAGGCUCUGAAAACGAAGACAGUGCUGAAUCUGCAUUGAAAAGUGAGCUCAGCAUGCAGAACACAGCCAAUGAAAAUCAAAAGGAAUACUUCUUCUGAUUGACAUUAAUGAUUUGAUCUAGUAUAAUAAUGUGACAGUCUGACUUUCUUGCUAAGGCGGGGGCUCUCACUGGGCAGAAAAAGUUCUUGCACACUAAUCUAAAUGCAAUGGAUUUGAGACUUAAUAUACUUGAUAUGUUCAGUCUCAGUGAUCGCUGUAGCGGGCCUCUUUAAAUUACAUGCAUUCCUUAGCUAUUAUACCGUAAAUGCAUUUUAUGUAACAGUGAAUUAGAUAUUGUAACCAAUUUCAUUGUUGGUAGUUUCCGACUGUUCUAAUGUGACCUUCUACAAAUGAAGUUUAAUGUACACACUGAAUAUGAUUUUUGAAUGGGAAAAUUGUUAUGAAUUUAUUCCUAUCCUUUUAUUUAAAAUUUGAUUGAUAAUUUUUUGUUCAAGGUGAAAGGUAGAUUCUAAUACUUUGUGUUACUAAAGAAA